AAGCACCUCCCUCCCAAGCAGGUGGUCUUGCAAGCAGGCGGUCGUGAGUUCAGUGGUUGUGAGUUCAAUCCUUGGUACUGAUUUAAAAAAAACAUUAAAAGCUACCAAACAAAAAGCUCAAACUGUGAAGCAGGAUGUUAAAUGAGGUAAAGUAACUAGUAAUACGCUUUAUAUAUCUUUCUAGAAAUAUAUAUUAUACUGUAAUAAUAAAAUAAUGAAGAAGCAUCAAAGAAACCAAAAUUUUCAUUAGUUCACUCUGAACUUUCUGUAAGAGACUCAGCUCAGGGUGGAGCCCAGGCUAAUCAGAUACUGACAGAGCUAAGUGAUGCGAGGCAAAGAGGGGUUUGACUUAAUCCAAGCUAUUCACCAUAUCAGUGAUCUGAGAAGUGAGCAUUUAGAAGGGGUGAGUCCUGUUUUCAAAUGAUGCUCCAUCUCUGAGACUCAGGCCCUGGAGGCCCUCAAAUCCAUUGAGGCAGGAGGAUUUUGAGUUCUAGACUGGGCUGGGUUACAUAGAGAGACUCUAUGUAUCAAAGAAAAAUAGAGAGAGAGCUCAGAAGCCCAACUGGAGUCUUCCUAAAGAUAAAUCAGUAUUCCAGUUAAAAUAGGAAUUUCAGCAACUCACUGGGAGAAACACUAGUUUCCCCAGAAUUAAUGAAGAAGGUAUGUGAAUGGGUGGGAUACCAGUGUCCAGGUAGGUUUCUGACCCGACUUGACCAAUCUGACCUCUUUGUUGAACCCUAGGGGGCUCAUUUAUAAAACAAAGCACAGCUAGAUCAGGAGUGAUGAGGAAGUUUCUUCUCCACUUGAUUGGCAGAGGCUGCUGAGCUACAGCAUUGAAGAAGUUUAAAGCUUAGCAGGACUAGUGAAAAACAGUGCAAUCAAUUAGUAAUGUCUGCCUUGUGCACAAAAUGUGACAGAGUACUGUGUGCCAAACACUGUCUGUUAAGGAAUUCUGAAUGAAUUCCUUCCAGAGGAAUCUGAGACUCUGUGACUCCAGUUCUAGAACUAGUUUGGCCACUGACCUGCUAUGUGACUUGCAAGUCACUUGAUUGCAAAAGUCCCCCUGUGGUUUACAGUGCUGCAGCUGAGAUGUAUGUGGUCUUGCAACAUCAACCUCACUGAGAAAGGAACCCUUUUCAUGAGCCUGUCCCAUCUGAUGUUAUUUGACUGAUUCUUCUCAGAUAAUACAUGGGAAGAAAAAACAACUGUGCAUCUACAAAAUGUUCUCAAAUCCAGGCUUGUCAGUCACCUUCUACCCUAAAUCCAAAUUCCUGGCCUACAGGGUAAUGGUAGAGAAGGAAAAUUGGAGUGGGAUGGUCUGGAUUUGAAUCCUAGUUUUGCCACUUUCUAGCUGAGUGAGCUGAGGAAGUUACUUCAUCUGCCUGUGCCUCGGUUUUCUCAUCUGAAGAAUGGGAGUAGUUGCACAGCAAUCUGCCAGAGCGUUGUAAGGCUUAAAUGUGUUUAUGCAUGGCAGGUGCUCAGAGCAGUGAGCUGCACACAGGAAGCAGGUCUAGUAGUUAUGGGGGGGGGCGGGGGCCUGGGCUUCCUGUCCUGACAGUGCACCCUGGCUGUGAGUCGCUCUCCGGCACCCAAGUCCCCUGGAGAGAAGACUCGGUAUGACACGUCACUGGGACUGCUCACUAAGAAGUUCAUUUACCUCCUGAGCGAGUCCGAGGAUGGGGUCCUGGACCUGAACUGGGCAGCGGAGGUGCUGGACGUACAGAAGCGUCGCAUCUACGACAUCACCAAUGUCCUGGAGGGCAUCCAGCUCAUCCGCAAGAAGUCCAAGAACAACAUCCAGUGGGUGCAGGGGAAUGUUUGAAGACACCACCCGGCCUGCGAAGCAGCAGCAGCUGGGACAGGAGCUGAAGGAGCUGAUGAGCACCGAGCAGGCCUUGGACCAGCUCAUCCAGAGCUGUUCCCUGAGCUUCAAGCACCUGACCGAGGACACAGCCAAUAAGAGGCUGGCCUACGUGACUUACCAAGACAUCCGUGCUGUUGGCAACUUUAAGGAGCAGACAGUGAUCGCAGUCAAGGCUCCUCCGCAGACAAGACUGGAGGUGCCAGACAAAGCCGAGGAGAACCUGCAGAUUUAUCUAAAGAGCACUCAGGGACCCAUCGAAGUCUACCUGUGCCCGGAAGAGGUGCAGGAGCCCGACAGUCCUGCCAAGGAGCCCCUCCCUUCCACCUCCGCCCUCAGCCUCAGCCCCAGCCUGGACUGCGCCCCUGACCCUGACCCUGGGGUCUCGGAACCUGCAGCCUCCUCAGUGUCAACACCAACUCCCCAGCAGGACCCGCCACCACCGCCACCACCACUGCCACCAUCCCUCGUCCCUUUGGAGGCCACUGACAGUAUGCUGGAGCUGACCCAUCCACUGCUACAGCAGACCGAGGACCAGUUCCUGUCUCCGACCCUGGCCUGCAACUCCCCUCUGAUCAGUUUCUCCCCGCCCCUGGACCAGGACGACUACCUGUGGGGCCUGGACAGUGGUGAGGGUGUCAGUGACCUCUUUGACUCCUAUGACCUUGGGGACCUGUUGAUUAAUUGAGCAGCCUCGCCUGCCCUCAGCAGCGCCAUACCUGUCUCUACCUCCUCACAGACAGACCGACGGGCCCCCUGCCCGCAUGGGGACGUUGGACACGGGGUGCAGGCCUCAGGGCAUGACGGCCAUCUCUCCUUCCCAAACUGCCUGCUCGCGGGUGUCUGGGAGAUGUGGCGGAUGUGGGUGAAGAGGGUGUCAGGGGCUGGGUCCUGUCCUUCCUCUUCUGACCUCUAACCUCUCACAGGAAGGACCACAGGUACAGGGACCAGGUUCAGGGAAAGGCCCUGCCACCUCCUUUUGAGAGAUACUUAGGACCUUUGAUUUCUCAAGAAGCACUUAAUGCCUUUGUAUUUAUUUCAGGUUGAGUUUUGUUUGUUUGUCCUCCCUGAGUUUUAGCAGGGAGAGUGUUCUAGUUUCUAGCAAAACUUCUCAGUCAGACCUCAGCCAACUCCCCGGUUUUCCCUCAGCGGUGGGGACUGGGUGUCUGAGGAGUUGUCCAGUUUGCUGGUAUGCUAAUUGCACUUAGGCCUUGUAAUUCUAGUAAGUGCCAAGCCUUAGAUCUCUUCCUGCUCUCAGCUGACAUACCCAGCCGAAGUGGCAGCCCAGAGAAGGUUCUAGUAGCCAUCCUGAGGCAGGCAACAUCGAGGCUUCUGAAGAACAGGAGCAGACAGUUAAGGAGUUGUCUUCCUACAGAAUUCCUUCGCUCUCUCUCGCUGUAGAAGGAAGAAGCUCCAGGGAGUCAGGAGGGAAGAGCUCCUGAGGAAACAUGGGAAUUGGGGAGGCAGCUGUCAUGGCUGCCGUGGGCUCCUUCCCUCCCAGACCACGGCAAGGCGGAGGCAGGAGAACUGGACAGAGGAGUAAAGUGAAAACAAGAAGCCUCGGAAAGGAGCCCCAGGAACCGCUAGUAGCCUCUCCUGGUUCCCUGGGAGGGUUUUUUUUGUUGUUGUUGUUUUCCAGACUUGGAAGGAAUCUUUUUUCUUUUUUAAACUGGGAGUUGAACACAGGACCUUUGCACUGAGCUUUUGAAAUGGGGUCUUGGUAAACUUCCCAGGCUGGAUUGGAACUUGCAGUCCUCCUGCAUCAGCCUCCCAGAGGGCUGGGGACACGGCAUGCCUCACCAUGCCUGGCUGAUUCUUUAAGGUUCUCCUUUUCCCCACCAGCCCUCACAAGACCUCCAAGGACAGAGGUGAUCAGGGCUGGGUGGCGCGUUUACUCAUUUUGUCACUGGAAUGCGGAAAGGGUGACAGGGAAGGGCCUUGACUGGGGACCAGGCCGCUGCAGCUGAUGAAGAGAUGGGCUGGUUGCCUCCCCCUCGGGCCUGGGGGCCCCAGAACAUCUUUUGACUCCACCCCCAAUCCUCCAGAGGCUUGGCCACCCCACACAUCGCUGUAGCAGCUGGGGACAGGGACUUAGUGCUCCUGCCCCACCCAUCAGGGAUGGCUGACUCGAGGCUGUGCCUUCUGCAGAGGGGCACCUGAAGGUGAAGGUCUGAGGGGCCUUCUGCCCACCCUCAGGGAGCUAGGGGUUCCUCAGGGACUUGGCUGGGCAGCACUUUCUGUUUAACUUUGUAGCAUUAAGUUGAUUUAAAAUAUGAAGUUGGCUUCUUGGGGUUGCUCCCGAGCUGGCUGGCUGGAUGUGAAGUCUGGAAGGGGGGCUUACCUGGGCGUGGGGCCCCAGGUUGGGGGUCAGUCUUGCCUUGCCUCUGGCUCACCAGCCUGGAGCCUCAUACUGGCACCUCCUAGGAGCGUGAGCCGCCCACAGAUGCCCCCACUAUUGUUUUGUGUGCUUGACUCCACCCCUAAACACCCCAGGUCUCAUCAGAAGUCCAUCAGGACCAAGGCACCACUAGUGCCCCAGGGGUGGGGGUCAGGAACUGCGCGCAGCGUGGUUUGGAGCACGUGGCGUAGCUCUCCUGAGAUCUCCACUGGGCUGCCUUUUGCCUGGUACCAAUUCUGAGGUUCCAAGCACUUAACCUCCAUGCCUUGGGCUCAGGCUGGAGCUUUCUCCUAGCAUUAAAUUGGAGAGAGGAGAAGGCACCCUCAGAACCCGUUUGGAAUGAGUUAACUCUAAGUUGGCUUGGAAUUCAAGCUCAUUCCCCAGUGGCCCAGCCGGAGGGCUGGACAGAGAGCAGCUUCUUGGGCCUGGCCUGGCCUGUCCCCCUUGUAGCCUUCCUGGUAGGGGCUGGACCUUCCAGACUCAGCCCCAGGCUCAAUGUUGGAAAGAACCUUGUGCCUCUUUCUUGCCAGUUAACACUUGAAACGCCCCCACUGCUUUUGUUUGUUUGUUUGUUUGUUUUGUUUUGUUUUUUUACAGUACUGGGGGGUUGAAUCCAGGGUCUUCACACUCAGCUAGAGCCCCAGGCUUUUUUUUUUUUUUUUUUUUUUUUUUUUUGAGACAGGGUCUCACUAAGUUGCCUGAUCAGGACUUGAACUUGGGAUACUCCUGCCUCAGUUUCCCAGGGUGCUGGGCUUAUAGACCUGCGCUUACUGUGGCAGGCUAAAACCUCCCCAUAUGGGUAGAGUGCUUGAAGAACACCAUGCCACGUGGGUCCUUUGGGAGCCACACAAAUUUUAAACCUAGAGCAAGAGAAAGGCCUGUUUCUGGGGUGGAUAUGUCUGCCAGGAAAUUCCUCAGUCCCACCAGCAGUCCCCAAGUCACACAUCUCCAGGGACAUCAAAGGCUGGGGGACUCCAGGGAACUGGGUGACACUGAAUUGUCAGUGGAGCUGGAAAUUCAGAGAUUUCUUAACACUGUGGAAAGUAUCGGGACGCUUCCUUUCUCUACCUAACAUGGCUGGCUAGCGUGGCUGCAGGGGAGAGGGAAGCUUGCUUUAGGGUGGUUUGACUUUGUUUCCCCUCCCGUCCAUUCUCAGCCUCCGCCCUGUAGUUUGGCGUUGCUGAGUUUGGGUGCUCCAGUGUCUGAGCGUUGUGCGGCUUAGUGAGUUUGAAGUGAAAGUCUCUGGGCUGUUUACAACUUUCUGAUUCUUGUUGUUGCAUCCUGAGGUGCCCCUCACCCCGGGACCCUGUGGCCCCUCAUGACAUGAAGGCCACAAGCCUGGCCACCCAGCCAUGCCUGGCUGAGAAGGAAAAAGUGUUGUGGGCGUCCUUUGUCUUGAGGGCGAGUGAGGGCCACGGGAACCUGGCUCCUGUGCCGGGAUUCUGGGGUCACUGCCUCCGAGCCCUGCCAAGCAACAGCGGAGGCAUCUCGUGUGUAAUCGUGGCAUUAAACGAUGGCAGCUCUGUA